GUAAACAUGCCCUAUCUCUCAUAUGUGGACUACACUACACUAUGCAUUUAUGGAAGCUCUAACCCCUCUUUUAAGUGCACCAAUCGACCCAUUACCGAACAGCAAACAAGGCCAAAGGGCGAGGGCGGAGAAGAAGGACCAGCUAUGAAGGGAACGGCGAAGAUGAACGCUAUGAGAUCUGGAUUGGUUGUUAUAGGAGCUUUAGCUUUCGGGUACUUAACUCUUCACCUCGGUCUCAAGCCCUUCCUCCAGCGAGCAGAGGCGCAACAACACCAUCUUCUUCCCGAUCCCUCAAACUCGGACCAAUCUAACUUGUGAUUCCCCCACCUUAAACUUCAUUCCUCUAUAUCCUUAUGGGACUUUCCCCCCGAUCUGCUAGUUAAACUUUUCCGAUCUGUUAAUGUAGCAAUGCUCGUAUUUGUCUUCUGUAAGAACUUUGAUGCUUUCUUCGAUUUAAUUUUGAGUAGCUUUCUGAUUUGAUGCGUUGUUCUUAUGGCGAUUUCAUUUCUUAUAGAUUCAUUGCAUAACCUGGAUUAAUGCUGCACUUCAUGAGCCAAAUUUGAUAAAGAGAGUGGAUUGAGGCCACUUUGAACUUAGGCAUCACCAUUUCUUAUUGAUUCUACGUAUAAAAUUUGCUUCAUUUUAUACGUAUUAUGUUCUUAUGGGCUAUUUUGGUGUAAGACUGCAGUUUCAUGGAGCCACCCCCUUUAGUGCCAAUUUCUUUUCGAGUGAUAUGUUGAAUGACUGUCUAAAUGGUGUUUCUACUGAAUCACACAUUACAAUUUUUUUUUCUACGGCAGAUAAUUAGUGUCCAUCUGAACACGAAAAAUGUUAGAGAAAGGAAAUUAGAAGAAAAGUAAAACAUAGUUUUACACUUGAUCAAAAUGUUUGAAUUCCAGAAAUAUCCAGGGAACAAGUAAAACAUAGUUACAAACAUAACAAAUCUAAUUUAUAUAUUUGAUCAAACUCUGUUUAAGUAUAUACUAAUAGUAUGUAAAGACUAAGAAAUUUAAAUAUAUAUAAUGUUUUAGUUUUUAAAUCAUAUUGAAUUUUUGUUGUAUCUUCCAAUGCAAAAGGCAAAUAUAAGAAAAUAAAAUUGCUUUGCAUUUUACUUGUUCCCUGGAUAUUUUUGGAAUCCAAACAUACCCUUAAUCUUGAGAUACUCCUAGUCCUAGGGGUGGCAUGGCUGGUUAACCGCAUUUCGGUUAACCAACAUUUUCUGUACCACUAUUCAUACCAUAUUUUUGGGUAACCGGACAUUGGUUAACCGCUAACGGGUUAACCGAAUAACCAUGAAAUAAAUUAAAUAAAAAAUACAGAGUAAUUAAACUGCUAACUUACAUGGAGUAAAAAUCUUGUGUUCAAUCAAUGUAUAAUCUGUGUUGAAGACAUGAGAUACUAAUUACAUAGUACUAAUUUAUUAUACCCUUAACCCUUUUAGCCUCUACUGUUGGACAAAACUACUUCCCAGGUUUGGAUUCGUUUCAUGCCUCCAUGGUGCUGCUGCAGUGUGACUGUUUUUUUUAUUGCAUACUAGUGUAACACCCGGGGCAUGCCCCGGUAGUGUUAAUUUGAUAUGGUCAGAUGACAAAUACUAAUAAGCACCACCACCAUGAAAUAUGGACGAAAAAUCACCAUCUUUUGGAGUACUAAUUUGUGUUUAUAUUUUGGCUUAUGUGCUUAUUGUUGUAAUAGUUAUUAAUUAUUUACAGAGCUAAUUAUAUGAUGAAGGAUGAUAAGAAGGAGUGUUGAAUUGGAAUUGGGAAUAUGUGGAGUUUAC